AGUAGAGACAAACGUGUACGUUUUAGUCAGUUUGCAUUAGCAGAGGAGGGGAGUAUCAAAACUUGCGGAGAUAAUUAAAUAUCACCUUCACAAAUAACAACACAUUUUGUACAGUACAAAUUAUAUGUAUCAGUCACUUAAUUGAGUUAAAAACUAACCUGCUGCUUCUCGACCGACGGUGAUAGUUAAACAGUAAGCGACGCGAUGUCUGACAGCACUUUGUGGAUUAUCAUGUCGCUGCUGGAUAAAAUACAGAACUAGCCUGCAGAAAAACGUUUUUUUUUUUUUAUGGAAAUCAACACAAGUCUCUGAAGUAACUCGCUUUACCAUUCAUUCACUUCCGCCAACGGUGUUAACUACUGUUUUCCGAGAAUUCAAGAUCUUUUUCAGGAAUAAUCAAAGAGUGUGGAAAUGCUUUCUGCAUGAGCAAGAGGAUUGUUAAAAAAUGAGCAAAAAAUAUCAAUCAACAAACGUUUCUGAGGUGGAGGACCACAUUUCUCUCAAGUAUGAAAUCAAGAAGAGACUUGGAAAAGGGGCUUAUGGCAUUGUAUGGAAAGCUGUUGACAGACAAACAGGCGAGAUCGUGGCCGUGAAGAAGAUCUUUGACGCCUUCAGGAACAGGACGGAUGCCCAGCGGACAUUCAGGGAAAUCAUGUUCCUCCAGGAGUUUGGCGAUCAUCCCAACAUCGUCCAACUUCUAAAUGUCGUCAGAGCUCAAAAUGAUAAAGACAUUUAUCUUAUCUUUGAGUAUAUGGAUACCGACCUGCAUGCAGUGAUAAAGAAAGGCACCCUUCUGAAGGACAUCCACAAACGUUAUGUGAUGUACCAGCUCUUCAAAGCCAUCAAAUACCUACACUCAGGAAAUGUUAUCCACAGGGACCAUAAGCCAUCCAACGUGUUGCUGGACACCGACUGUGUAGUCAAGCUGUGUGAUUUCGGCUUGGCCAGAUCGCUCAAUCAGAUCCAAGAGGACAGUGGGAAUCCAGCGCUGACGGAGUACGUGGCGACGCGGUGGUACCGAGCUCCUGAGAUCCUGCUGGGGUCCACAAGGUACACUAAAGGUGUGGACAUGUGGAGCCUCGGCUGUAUCCUGGGAGAAAUGCUGCUGGGGGAAGCGCUGUUCCCUGGGACGUCCACCAUCAACCAGAUAGAGAAGAUCAUGACCACCAUACCCCACCCCAGCCCAGAAGAUAUUCUAGCAAUCAAGUCUGAAUAUGGAUCCUCAGUGAUUCAGAGAAUGUUACUAAAACCACAGGUGCCUUUGGAGGAUCUUCUCCAGCCUUCUGUGCCUCCAGAUGCUCUGGACCUGUUGAGAGGUUUGCUCGUUUUCAACCCAGACAAGCGACUGACCGCUGAGCAAGCCCUGCAACACCCAUAUGUAGCCAGGUUUCACAAUCCAGCCAAGGAGCCCGCCCUUAACUACGAUGUCGUGCUUCCAGUGGAUGAUGAUGUACAACUAUCUGUGGUUCAGUACCGCAACACACUUUAUGAGAUGAUGCUGGAGAGGAGAACUAAUCAGGGGAUGCUGAGGCUAAUCCAACCAAAGGACGGACGCUCUGUCAGAAGCGUUGAGAAGCCCAAUGUGAAGGAGAAAGUAGAGAAGGGACUAGUCAAAGUGAGUGGGGACAAUGACCAUAAGGGGGAAACACAACACGUAAAGACUGAAGAGUCAAACCCAGAGCCUUUACAAACAGCCGUCCCUGAACCUGCGCCCGUGUCAACCCCGCCUGCUGUGGAGAAGAGGAGUCCCUUAUCGAGUCCCGACGGUUUGGGAAAACUCACCUACAACCCCAUCACACAUGCCCCAAAUGCUUUUGUCCGGAGUCCGGCUGGUCCUCCUCAUCACGGCUUCUCCACUGCAGCAGGCAGGAAACACGUGGGACCGACCAGUAAUGGAAGUGCAACAACAUCACCAACAGAGGGCAGCAACACUGAUGAAUCCAUGGAUCAGAUUCUCCAGCGUGGUCGCUCCGCCCCUGUGGCCCACACCAGCUCCUUCUCCUCGACCUUAAACCAAACCCAGAACCACCCGCUGGUUCGCAAGGAAGAGCCCUCCCUGCCCUCUGGGCUGUACGUCACAUCUGCCCGCCUGAACCAGCGCUCCAACCCUCCGGUUCGUGAGGCUCGGCCCCCAACACGCUUCAGCAAGAAAGUGUAUCAGAGUAACUGUAAUGUGGCCGCAGCAGGCGACCCUCGAGCCAAACUGGGCAGCUAUUGCCAGGCCUAUGGCACGAUCAACAAGACUGAUCUGGACAAUCUGCUACGAAGCCGCCCGUACAACCAGUAGCUGCUGUCAUGUCAGCGGUCACAUAUGUGUCACAUGUUUGAACACACAACAAAGUUUGCCCUGCAAUAGAAUGUUAGCAACGAGGCAAACUAAAACAAGGCUUGUAAAACGAAACUGUGAUGACUGUUACACUGAUUGUAUAAUAUGUAGAUGGUAUUCUUUGGAGAUGUGUGUGUUUCAUGAUCCAUGAAAUAUGUAAAAUUCAUAUUACGUUUAUCAAAUUGAACCAGCAUUUCAGGAACAUUUGUUUAUGUAAGGCCAACAUGUUUCGCUCUGUAUCAUCUCUCACAAGGUUGGAUUACUAACCAGACAAACCCAAGACCUUCAGCUUUUAAGGUGACUCAGUUUGGAGUCAUCUACACAUUUCUUUGGUAAUAUGCACCUUUUAUAGCACAUUAUCAGUUGAAAUGUUUACUUGUCUAUGUGUUAGAGAAUGUGUGUCAAUAUUGACAUGUUAAAUGUUCCUAAAUAUAUUGGUUUUUAACUCAUUCGCAAACACAGGGUCAACAUGGCCUCAGACAUACUGUACUUCUUACCCAUGAAGUGGCCCACUAAAAGGGUCAAACAAGCCAUGAUUUAGCCUUAAUGGUUUAUGCACAUUAGGCAAUUUGCUUUUAGCCGAAAACAGAAUAUCUGUACAGUUUGCAAAUAGAUAUUUAAAUUGAUAAUAUAAAAUAGUAUUUUUUAUGUGAAUUCAGAAGCAAUACUUGUUCAUAUUGUGUACAGAAAGUAAAAAUAUUUGUGUUUAUAAUUUUAAACAGACUUGGGUGACUGUGGCAGCAGACCAGCAU